AUGAUGAAUGGCGUCGAUCAGGAGCCGAUGGCGAAUAUGAUUCACGCCGUCGUUCUGGAUCACGUGAACCAGGAAUCGAUAGAUCUCGCUCCCGUUCACCGAGGCGACGCAGUCCGGCUGAUUCGUCUUCUCAUAGGAAUGCGCAUAUCGACGUCAUCGUCGCACGCAAUCUUCCUCGGCCUGCCGGGAUCGACGUCAUCGGUAGCAUCAUCGGAUGAUGCCAGCGUUCAGACGCGUCCACUGCGUAAUCUCGUGUCCUACCUGAAGCAGAAAGAAGCGGCCGGCGUUAUAUCCUUACUCAAUAAGGAAACGGAAGCAACCGGUGUGCUCUACUCAUUCCCGCCAUGCGAUUUUUCGACAGAAUUGUUGAAACGAACAUGUCACAACCUCACCGAGGAGGGACUGAAGGAAGACCAUCUGGUAAUCGUGGUGGUCCGAGGAGGAACAAUCCUCUGA